CAGUGCUAGCUUUUCGAAGAUGAAGCUGCAAUAUGGUAUAGAAGGAAAAGCAAAUACAAAGUGAGCGGCGGGAAGUGUCCGCGCGGUUUGCUACGUGCAUAGCGACAAAUGUGGAUACGCAUCGAGUAACUCGUACUCUGUUAGGACUCAUAUAAAUGUCACAUUGGUGUUGAAACGGCUUGUAGCUUAUAUCUUCAAGGCGCUUAUAUCCUUAGCAUCUUUGCGAUAAUUGGCAAAAAAUGGUCAACGUCGGUAUGUCCGAAGCUGCGCCGAGCAUGUACCGCGCGAGGGUUGUGGCGACCCACUGCAGUCUUUUGCAAAAACCUCAUCUUGUCGUGGACGCCACUUGCGGUUCGUGACGCAGACAGGACUGCAACCUUAGUUUUCUCUAUUUCUUCGAAGCAGACAAGCACAGCAAAGACGCAUCGCAUUCGUUGCUGUGCGUCGGAAGCUGAUGACUCUACGCUGGUAAUCCAGUCAGAGUCAGAAGAAGCAAAAAUACCUUUCGUGUUCGCUUCUUCACAGUCUCAGCAUUGUGAAAGAAACAUCAGACCAUGCCAGAGAAGUUGACACACGGUACGGCUAGCCCGGCCCGGGACUGGCCACUCUCCAGGGCAGAAAAGCGUGGUCUUCUUCGUGCAAUCGACGAGAAUGAGAAACGCGUCAUCCAAACAGAGCUGACGCUGGACCAAUCGGUGAUAAAGUUACGUCUCCACCCUCCAAGGCUUAGCGAUGGAGUAGGGUUAUUCUGAUUCCCGGUACACAAAAACACGUCUUCUAGAAUAAUCGCCCACGAAAGCGAAACACAUCAAUCAAACUAUAUACCAUUAACAAGUUGAAUUUGAAAAAGCUAAAAAAACUAUUUCACCAACACAACUAUUAACUUCUCAUCUACACUUCUAAGAAAGCGACUAGAGCGGGAGACAAGACGCAGAAGUAUGCAGCGGGAUUACUACAAGCGCAGGCUCUCUCAGUAUGAAGAAUUGUCGGCACCCGCGAGUAGUGCGAACGAAAUCCAGGACGAGCGUGAAGCACCGUCUGAAAUCGGCAGUACGACUUCCUCUUUUCACAACAAUGUAUGUUGACAGAAACGACAGGUAAGAUUCAACACGUGAGCUACGGCUUCGGCAUCAAAAGGGGACUUUAGAUUUAGUAUACCUGAUCCAAAUGCAUUAUAUUCCUCGUCCAAUGACAACCACACCUGGUGUAAUUUUCCAGGUCUUCAAUCGGAUUUUGGUGAGAUGGUUACGGAUUCCGGUAAUAUAUACGAGGACAGUAUGGAAAUGAACAGUGCGCAGGAUACUUUACCGACGAUGACCUUCACAUCCCAUUUGAAAAACGGGAAGUCCGAGUUGCAUCAUAUCGGCCUUUUACGGCGAAUUGUUGACACUGUCAGAUUGUUGAUGAGAUAGCCGUGAGCCACCCUACUUUGAAGUCAGUACUACUUGCUUGUGCGCCGGAUUACGUAGGUGCAACGGUUCGUCAUCAAUUGACAAACUUUGAUAUGGAACCGCUAAUUUGGGCGACACCGAUGAAGAAAGCAAACGCGCGUGGUGCAGUCCGGCGAUGGAGCUUUCCGGAAGGGGAAAAGGCUAGUGCCUGCAAAGAUGCCGAUCGCUCGGUGGCCGACGCUGCGGUGGGAGCAGGAGGCACUCCUUUAGUAUUUCUUGAAACUGAAGACAGCAACUUCGUCAGCUCCCGCAGUCUUAAUCUUUGCACUAGAUCUCGAAGAAAUAGAUUAUAGAGGAAGAACAAAACGAAAUAGUUUUCACUCUUGUGAUAGUUGUACUGGGGAAAAAUAAAGACGAGGAAAUCAGGAAUUAUGCUACUUACUUUGCUUCAUUACUACAAUCGUCAGGGCGUGUGCUUUGCGCGGACACCGAGAGCGACUACGCCCCAGAGGUAUCCAAGAUAUUGCCCGUCAUCGAUCGAGUUUCCGCUGAAGAGCUUCCGCGUGUGAAGACCUACUCCGCAAGAAACACACCUGUGAAAGACCCUACGACCGAUGCCAGCGCGGUGAGGAGCAGGGACUCACCCUUCUCAGGAUUGUUACAGGAGGGAGGAGCAUCUAGUAUUAAGACAGGAAAGAAAAGAGCUAGAGCGAGUGAAAAUUUGUUGAACUACCACAACUUACCAACUGGAAGUAGACCAUCAUGACCACGCAGGAUAUUCCCUACAUGUAAAAGCUCCUUUCUGCUCUAAGAUUCGCGGUCUUUCGCGGCCUAGGCGUGCAAGCGGUGGCGGAUUGUUGCCGCAUUAUUUUCAACGUAGCUCUUAUUCCGCCAUGAAAACUCCACUUUUGCAAGGCCCACAGUCUAUUUCCCAGGAUCAGGUAGACCUCAAGACCCCGUCCAGUCGUGCUACAGCGGACGAAGGCUCCGGAGCCGCAAUGAGUCCUCUACGUCGUACUAGUGGUUCGGCCGUGGGCGCGAUAACAAGUAAGAACGGCGCGGCCCCGUUGCAGAGGUCAACAAGCGGACCUCCUGACGUAAGUGGGGAGGAACCGGUGCGUUCGAUAAGUGACACGACCCGAAACACUGUUGUCUCGAAGUCCCUUCUCAGGGAUACUGGUGGAGAAAAGUAUGAUGCUCAGUUUGACCCUGAAACACUGCGGCGUAAUUACGAGACCGUCCUCAGAGCGGCAGAGCAAGUAUCUUCCGGGGCCAACAAGAAAGACAGCAGCGCCGCUGAACGUGAACAACAGCCGGAUAGCACCAGUGGUAGGAAUGUCGGAAAUCUCGCGCAAGGAGCGCCAUCCGAUCAAAACAAGAUGCUGCGCAGCAUUGCGAUACCACCCACGGGUGCUCUCGCGACAGCAAGUAGUGUGUUUAAGAUGGUGGAUCAUAUAUUAUAACAGAAAUCAGUCGUACAGCCUCAACUGACAGUUCCAUUCGUUUUUGUUUUUUUUUCAUACUUUAGGUUUAAAUCUACGUACUCUCUUCGACAUCAACAAGACGAAGACCAUGAGUUUGAGUAGCAAGCUAGAGGAAGAAGAAUUUGAGAGCAAUCAUCGAUCAUGCCUUAUUUGGUGGUCAAAGAACUUCUAACAUGGCUUCGGGGAAUCCAUGUGGUAAUGGAGAUUGCGGAACCGCUCUUCUUGUAGCAGCAACUGCUCUCGACGGAACCGCGCAAACGCAAAGUGCUGCGAAUGGAGUCACCGAGCCGCAGCGUGAGAGAAACUCAUCAUUCUCUCAACUCCUCAGCGCGGCUCUGACUUCAACGACGGGCUUCAUCGUUGAUGUACCAGCGAUCAUUUGGAAUAAUCUGAGCACGCGCACCAAGUUGUUGGUCUUGUGGUGCAGCUGGGUUCUUGUCUUUCUCCUGGGGUAUACAGCGGCGCUCGACUUCGGGCCUUCCAGUGGAAAACGAUAG